AUGGGCGGCACACAAGGUACUGUAAUGAGAGGUAAACUGAUCGCACUAGCCACCAAAUUCAAAAGACAAAAAUUACAAGAACUAGAAGACCACCUACUCUCACUGCGGACCCUAACGACCCAACAUAAACGUGACCCCACUCCAGAUCUGAUGGCAAAGAUCAAAACCCACCAACAGGCCAUCAAAACAUUCAAGACCAGAGACCCCAAAAAGCGCUUCAGUGGACUCAACAACUCUUCUAUGAGAAGUCCAAUAAAGCGGACACUCUUCUCACCUGCAAACUCCGCCGUAAAACCCAGGCCAAACAAAUAG